AUGAAGAAAUAUGAUAUAUUUUUAGUUAACAAUUUAAAGUGUAACUAUAGUCAAGAUUUAACUAAAGACAUAUCACUUAAUUUUGAAUCUUCUUCUAUUUUAAAAUCUGCAAAAUAUAUAAAAUCAAAAACAAUUAUACAAUUUAAUUUUCUUAAAUAUUCACCAAUGCAUUGUUUAAAGUUAUUUUUUAUUACUGUGACAGGUAAAACAAAAGAUGGAUAUAUUGGUUACGAUACUUCAUGUAGAUGUUUAAUUAAUUGGAAUGAAAAGCUUAAUGUUAAUACAAGGUACGAAAUGUAUGGCAAAUUAGAAAAAAAUAAACUUUUAAUACUUAAUUGUGAAAAAGUUCUAGAAAUAGAUUACAAAAAAUUAGUAUAUCAAUUAUUAUAA